GCAUUUUCGGCAGGAAAUGCAUUUCUCUAGUUUCCAUUUUACAAACCGUUUCUCAUUAAAAAUGUAUUUUAAAACAGGAAAUUUCCUCUGCCACUUGCAGUGCUUUGGAAUGUUUGGUCAGAUUUUCAAGAGUAAGGCAGUUCACUUUUUGGCCUCUAGAUGACCAACAACACUCACUUGCCUGCAGACAACAUCUGCAGUAAGUGUAGAUAGCUUUAAGCUAACGCUAGCUAUCAUAACACUUUUAACCUCAGUUUUGGGCUCUGAUCACUCAUUGGUUUGCUAGCUUCAGUGUCCAAACAUGCAGAAAUAUGAAAAGCUUGAAAAGAUCGGAGAGGGUACUUAUGGAACAGUUUUUAAGGCUAAAAACAGAGAAACCCACGAAAUCGUGGCUUUGAAAAGGGUCAGACUUGACGACGACGACGAGGGGGUGCCCAGUUCUGCUCUGAGAGAAAUUUGUCUUCUGAAGGAGCUGAAGCAUAAAAACAUUGUCAGACUACACGAUGUUUUGCACAGUGACAAGAAGUUAACCUUGGUUUUUGAAUACUGUGAUCAGGAUUUGAAGAAGUAUUUUGACAGCUGCAAUGGGGAUCUAGAUCCUGAAACUGUGAAGUCAUUCAUGUACCAGCUGCUGAAAGGCCUUGCUUUCUGUCACAGCCGAAAUGUUCUUCAUAGAGAUUUGAAGCCACAGAAUCUCCUCAUCAACAGAAAUGGGGAGUUGAAGCUGGCUGACUUCGGAUUGGCUCCCGCCUUUUGCAUUCCUGUGAGGGGUUUUUUUUUUAGGUUGUACAUCAUUAAGGCACUCUGCCAAAUGUCCUUUCAGCUGCUAGAGAGUCAAGUGGUGACCUUGUGGUACCGGCCUCCAGAUGUGCUGUUUGGUGCUAAACUUUAUUCUACCUCAAUUGACAUGUGGUCUGCUGGAUGCAUUUUUGCAGAGCUAGCUAAUGCUGGAAGGCCUUUAUUUCCUGGGAACGAUGUGGACGACCAGUUGAAAAGAAUCUUCAGAUUAUUAGGGACACCAACUGAAGAACAGUGGCAGACAAUGACGAAACUCCCCGAUUAUAAGCCAUAUCCCAUGUAUCCAGCCACCACCUCACUGGUGAACGUGGUCCCCAAACUAAGUAGCACAGGACGGGACCUACUCCAGAACCUGUUGAAAUGUAAUCCUGUCCAGAGGAUCUCUGCAGAGGAAGCCUUGCAGCACCCUUACUUUGCUGAUUUCUGCCCUCCCUAAAUGUUAAAUUGCUUUUUGCUGAACCUUAGCCACCAGAAUCAAUCAUCCUUCACUCUGUUGGCUCAUUAGGACAGUUCCCAACAAGGCAAAUCAAAUAAUUCUCAAACACUCCCCCUGCUGUUAAUUUUGUUGUGCGUGUGGAACAAAGUUCUGCUGGUUCUGAAACAUUUUAGGUUGUUUUAAGUUAUGGGCCAUUUUAAUUUGGUACAUACAGUAUAUGCUUGGCAGUGAAUUAGCACUAAUGUGGGACUGUACAUUAAACAAAUUUUACACCUAUGGAAUUGUUGUUUAAAUUAAAGUUUUAAUUAGUUAAAAAGUUUAAAUUAGUUCAACUUGUUCAUAAUAUGUGAGGAAAAAAGGCCUUUUGAAUCUGUUGUGUCUGAAGCUAAUAUUCAUCAGUUACCCCACAGCCUCUCUAAAAGUGGGUUCUGUUCCAUGUGCAAUGUGCUGUAAAUUUGGUUACUUAAGAGUUUUAGUGGGACAGUUCCAGUCCAAAGCUGGACUGUGUAAUGGAGACACACUUUCAAAAUUAACUCAAAUAUAUCCCCCCCCCUCCCACUGACUAUUACAAAAUUUUAUAACGGCAUGGGAAGCAAAUUUCUAAUUUUAUUUUUUCUCAGGCUUUUUAUUUCCAAUUUUGUAUUUGUCUUUUGUGCACUUUGUACCAGACUUUUAUUUUAAAUCAUUUAGUUAUCAAUAUUAUUACAUUUGUUGAACACUGACAAGCCAGGAUUAUGACUGGCAUUCAUUAAAUAGGCCAAUAUAUAUAUAUUUUAUGUUCAUGACUAGUGGACCAGGCAUGACACAUUGCUUUAAAAAAACCUUAUUAUACUGUCUUUUAGAUUUUUCAAGAUGCUUUUGUAGCAGUUAAGUUCGAGACCCAAAAAGUCUAGAUACUUCAGAGAUGAUCUGUAUUUUCAUAUGAUUGUUUUGCACCAUUAGCUGUUUCCAUUUUGGUUACUUAUUGUACUAACAUGGUCAACAGCUCAGUGUUAUUUUACUCCACAUUGUUUCAGUGCUAUGUAUUCCAUAAAAGCUGACCAGUUGUGUAUGAAGUAGCUGUCUUUAUAGAGAAUGGAUUUAUUUUCAUUUAUCUUAGGCAAAACAAGCAUGCAUGUAUUUAUUAAUGAUGGAAUGUCUGCUCAUUUUGUGCAUUCAUUUAAAUGUAGCACAACUUUUGGUACAGAAAGUCAGAUUUUGGACAAUUUAAACAAUGCUCAGAUCUAAAGUUGAUUUAAAAUGUGUGAAGUGUGUGUGUAUUAAGUUAUAAUGAGGGGAAAAAGCAUUUGUUCUCAGUAUUCCAUUAUCUUGUGAUGAAAGGACAUUUCAGACAAACUACUGUCAAUUUACUUUAUACAGCUUAAAUUUGUUUUAACGAGUGGAUUAUUGCAUUUUGCUAGUAUAUUUGCUUUUGUUGGUAGGACUUGGGAUAAAUGUUGAUUCAUCUUGUGUAUAAUUCAGCCAAUAAGAAACUCAGUAUUCAGUAAA